UCUCUCUCUCUCUCUCUCUCUCUCUUUUUCUCAGUGUGAUCCCACUAGAGGAGAGGCGACUCCCCGGCAGCAGGACUCCGCUGUCGGUACCGCUGUAUGACAGGCGUCGUAUUCUCGCGAUGCUGCUGAUUUUUGUUUAAAAUCGACAGAAGUGAAAGAUUUCUCUCACCGAAACUCUCCGCUGAACUUCACCGCGUGUCUGCGGGGGAAGCGCCGCUAAAACUAGACAAGUUGGACCCGCGAACUGCAGGGAGCCGCUCUUAUAACCGGAGCACAGGGGCUGGAUGAGGCUCUUUUCUCCGCUUCGCUCUUUUCUCUUCUUCUCUUCUCACUGGAAACGAGUUGGAGUCUCGGCGGAGGGAAGCAGCGGAUUCGGGUCCGGCAGACGGACACAUCGCGGCGGAGCCCCGCGGUCACGUAGCGUUCAGCCUGACGAGCCGUCGCCGUCCUCUUCUUCCCCCGAGGAGCUGGGUUGGCCUCGAGACGCAGCCAUGUUGUCCCUGGAUGAGCCUCUGGACUUGAAGAUUUCUCCCAACCGGGACCGGACACUCAGAACCUCCAUUUGCGCCCCGCUGCGAUUUGCCCGGACGCACGUACUGCGGCCAACGCACAACUGCGACUCAGAUGUACUGGACUCUCACCCUGCCUCAAAACUGGACCUCAGUCAACUCUCCUCGUCCCCUCCCUCGUCCCCCUCCCCUCCACACUCUGGCUCCAGCUGCAGCCCCCUACCGCCCCCACUGACCAGGGAUUCACCCUUCAGUUACCAGGAGGGUGGAGCUUCUCCUCCUCCAGGUUUCCAGUUCUUCCUGCCGAUUGGUGCGGGGGCCGGCCUGCGCCUGCCCAGCUCUAUGGUGAUUGGUCAGUGUCGUGAGAGGCGGGAUUCUCCAGAACCGGUGGACGAGCAGCUGGCCUGUCGCUGGCUGAAGUGCCACCUGCUGUUCGAGUGCCUGCAGGACCUGGUAGACCAUGUGACGGAAUUCCACGUCAAGCCCGAGCGGAGUACCGGUUACUGCUGCCACUGGGAGGGGUGCGCACGCAAGGGACGAGGCUUCAACGCCAGGUACAAGAUGUUGAUCCACAUCCGCACCCACACCAAUGAGAAGCCACACCAGUGUGCCAUCUGCAGCAAAAGCUUCUCCCGGCUGGAGAACCUUAAAAUCCAUACCCGCUCUCACACAGGAGAGAAGCCGUACGUGUGUCCGUAUGAAGGCUGUGGCAAGCGCUACUCCAACUCCAGUGACCGCUUCAAGCACACGCGGACGCAUUACGAGGACAAGCCCUACUGCUGCAAGAUGGUGGGCUGCCACAAGCGCUACACAGACCCCAGCUCCCUCCGCAAACACAUCAAAGCUCACGGCCACUCUGUUGCCCAGGAGAGCAGAAGCAUGGAGGCAGGGCCAGGGCGAGGCCGCUUGGGUGCAGCUCUUUCCCAUUCGAGUUUUCCGACCCCUGGAAGAGCUCCUCUGGUCCUGUCGGAGACGGCACUGUCCCUGCUGGGGACGCAGGCCCUGCACACCUUCACCGGGCCGCUGAUGGCUCUGGACCUCUCCAUGUCCUCCAGGCUUCCGGGGGCUGGAGCUUUGCUCUGCCACAGUGGGCCUCUCCUGGACCCCCUGUUGCUGCCCUCCCACAGGAGUCAUGGAGGAAUGAAGGAGGAUGAUGACGAUGAAGAUGAGGGGGAAAGGAAGAUGAAGGCUGGGCGGGACACUCUGUCCUGGGUCUUCGUCCCGCCGGGCAUGGUGAUGCUCAAGCAAGCUGUGGUCAGCUGAACGGGAGUCAUGAAAUCAUAUACCUGAUUAUGGCAAUUGGAUCAAUCCAGAAUGAAAAUAAGCUUUAAAGGAUAGUCCAGUGUUUUUCAGCCUAACCUCUAGUUGCCGCGUCUUACAGUUGAUUACCACGGGCGUUUUUCCCGUAUGUGGUAAAGAAGCAGAAAUCAGCCAUUUGAUAGAAUUAUAUCAGUUUAAUUUUGAUGACAAUCGAAAUCAGAAAACUCAUUUCAGUUUUAGCGCAAGUUAGUAGGAUUUUCUACCAACUUUUAGGAUGUGUAUAUAUUUUUCUCUUUAGUAACUUUCCAAGAGGAGCUAAAAUAAGCUUCAUUUCUAUAAAUGUAAAUGUUGAUUCUAGCAUUUAAAACCACCAGCUAAUAUUUAGCUGUAGUCUGAAAUCGGUGUAGAAUGUUGGAUGUGGACUGCGGUACCCGUAUUCAAAUGAUAUUGCAGGUGGCAAUCAUCGGGACCACGCACUAUGCACCAUUAUGCAGCCAGUUGUGCACAAAUGGUGGGUAAUGAUUAUAGACUCAUUUCUAAUAGAUAUGGAGUCUCAAAAGCAUGUGACUUGAAUCUGCGGAAUUGUUGAAUUCCACUGCUUAUACGUUUGUGUCUAAAUUUGCAAACAAAAAUGAUCAAGGUGUUGAUUUCUAAAUGCCUUGAAAUAACUGUCUGUGGUAAUUGACAGUGUGUUAAACAUGGGGCAGGUAGAGAACAAGAAAACGCUGGGACAUUCCUUUAAUAUUUGAUUUGUUGAUUUUUAAGUGUUUCAGCUUCAUUUGGCACCUUUUACAUACAAUAACUUGAGUACAAAUGUGUGUUUUUACAGUGUAUUCUAAUAUAGUGCGGGCUUAAUGUUAGACAGCACCCAUGAGAACAUGCAGUGUGCUUCCGUAAAAAUAUAUAUAGAUCAGUAUAUAUAAAAAACUACGACAAGUCACCAGAACUGACAGCUAUACAGCUCUGAUCAAGGGUGGCAAAAACAGUAAUAUUUGCUUAUGUGGGACAUUUAAAAAAAAUAUAUUCGAUGGUUACGUACAUAGUGGCUCACCAGCAUCACUUAGCACAGACUGGUCUUUGUCUUUGAACAGGUAGGUUGAUCUAAAUGGAUCUUAUCUACUAAGCAGGAUCGUCUGUAACCGUGUUGAAUCUGUCGUACUCAGGACGAGGCAGGCGUCUUCCAGCGCGCUGCUGCAUGACGUGUGCUGAGGGGUGGAUAGUUUAUGUUCAGCCCUUUAAUCAAAUAGAAAGAACAGUUCUGCAAACACGAUGUGUGCAGGAAAUAGUAGUUACAAUGCUCUAUGCCACUGUCUACUACACUUACUAAACCAGGAACAAACCCAGUUUAAAUUUCACACUUAAACAAAAAGGCCCUUCAUAAUCAGUCAGAAAGCAGGAUGCAGUGUGACAGGUAAACACCACUGACACGAAGCUGAGCCGUGGCCUACAAACCUAUUAAUGCGUCUUGGCACUCCGGAUGUAUCCAGGCUCCGCCCACAAAUGCUUCCGUCCAACGUUAGCAUGCAACAGCCUUUUAGCGAAAUGUGUAGAUUUUAUGGACAAAUCAAGGAUUUUUCUGCUCCUAUUGAAGAACCCAAUGACUGUUAAAAACAUGCACUGUACUAUAUCUCUCAAAUAUAAGGUUGACUUCAUGUCUGGAGGCACGAUUGCAGCAAGAUAUGCCAUCCAUCCCCAUGUUUCAAAACAGCCCAUUUUCAAUUUCCAGUUUUUCUUCUCUAAACAGUCUUUUCACCGUCUUAAAAAAGUCAAAGUAAAUGAACUAAUUUUAAACAUAAACUUGUAUGAAUUUUUACAAGUAUGAAUUUUUACCAGGCCCAUGUUUCUGUCUGGACUGGCUGUAGAAACUUUUGACUGGAAUUCCCGCCAUCAUGUUUUCAAUAAAUUGAGUGUAAUGUUGUCAUGUGACCACUAGAUGGUACUGGCAGUGUCUCCAUAAGAGGCCAAGAGGUCAAUGUUAAAAAAAAAUAAAGAAUCAUGAUGCAGAAAUGUUAUCUGCCAACUGAUACAUCAAUUGGGCUGUACUGGCCUGAGCAUAGCUAAUUGACAAAAAAAAUGUAAUUAAGUGUAAUUUAUAUAUAUAUAUAUAUAUAUAUGAAAAAGUUACUGUUUUUCUUUUUUUUAUUAUCUGUCAAUUCUUGUAAAUACUUCCUCCCUGUGUACCUGUGAGCCACCUCAGCAGGGCUCCUCCCUCAGUGAGAUUUAUGUCACGUACUGCAUCCUGCUGACACACGUUUAAGACGCAGGCCUGUAAUGGGCCUGAUAAAGGUCCUGGAACAGUGAGGUCACACCAGAAACAAGUUGGUCAACAGGCCGGCAGAACUCAUUUGCAUAAAGAUGGAGGGCGGGGCUACAAACUGGUGAAAUUAGUCACACAGAAUGAUGUAACUGGGCGACGCUCUCCCUGAGCUAGUAACCGUUUCUGUUCUUUACGUUUCUUUGUUUUUGCUUUAUCGUACUGGUUUUAAGACGAGACACGUGAAGUGUUGACGAGCUUCUGCAGCUGAUCUGUAACUUUUCUGGUCAGUUGGUUUAUGAUUAGCUCUUUUCUGUACUGGCUGCUGCUGUUUAUAGUACCUGGUGUCCCCCUACUACUUGGAAACUUAGGAUACAUCAGUUCAGAGUUCAAUAUGUCACACUGUACAGUGAUAUAAUGCAGGAUACAGUGUGAGAGCAGGGUGCAAAGCACUGGUUAGCAGACUAUGGCUCAUUAUGGCCGGCAUCUGAAUACUUUAUUUAAACGUUUAUUGUGUUGUCUUGUUUUUUUGCACAGUGGUAUGUCUGUCAUUAUCUGUAUUUAUAACCAUUUCUAAGUGCCUUUUAUCAUGAGUUUAUUGACAAUGAAUAAUUUGAUGCUGUCUUAAAAAAACCUUGCAUCUCCAAAAAUGCUUAAAAUGAAAAUGAAUAAACAUGAUGGAUCAAAGUCAUCAUACAGUCGAUCAGCCAAGAAACGGUUAGUUUGGCUAAUGUUGCUAACAAUCACUGGACUUGGACCUUGGACAUGGUAUUUGCAUCAAACUAUUGGACAAUAUGUAUAUUAUUUGAUUGUGUUUAGAGCACUAGGUAGGGAGUAGAGAGCAAUUUGGGACAUGUUUCAAACAAACACAGCUGCAAGCCGAACUAAAGCAGCGUUACACAACCCUGGUCCUGCACAUUUUAGUGGAUUCCUGCUCUAACACCCACCCUAUCUAUUCAGUAAAGGGCUGUUUAUGACCAGAUUUGUUGGAUCAGGUGUGUUGGGACCAUAAAAAGCAAUGAAAUGAAAUGAGGCUGGGUGAGUCCAGGACCAUGGUUGAGAAACACUAAAGAAGAGCUAAAGAAAUGUUUCCCAACUCUGAUCCUGGUACACUGCCCUGCUCAUUAUAGUGCCUCCCUGCUUCCAACACACCUGAUCCAACUAAUCUGAUGAUUAGCAGCACCUUACUGAGGUGAUACAGGUGUUUUAAAGCAGUGAUGGCAAAUCUCCAGGACUAGGGUUGGAAAAUUCUGAACUUUCAUUAGCAUAGUGGUUGACUGUGGCAUCCAACACAGUUUGGUGAUUUCCUCUAAAAACCAAUGAUUAAACCACCGUACCACGCAGUUACAGCACUGGAGCUGAAGUGUUGUAAUAUUACCUUGAGGCUAAUCCUUAACUUAUAUCACGAUAUAGUUCUUAUUUUUGGUAGAUAUGAUACAAUUCUGAUAUUGGUAUGAGGAGUAUAAAUGCCACCACCCUUGGGGUAGGUAAUCACGUACAGAUAUCACAAUAUUUAAAGACAUUUUCACGAUACACAGUAUUUAACUUAUUUUAAAACAGGUAAAAUGCAUCAGCAGUGGUAGAUUCUGCUUUUCUGCUAUUUAAACACACUUUCAUGUACAGUACUGUGACUCUAAUUACAUUUUGCUGCUUAUAAUCCAGUUAAGCAGUUUUUUUACACUCUCUGUAAUAAAAUGUCAAAACAAUACAAUUUAUCACGAUGCCAGAAAUAACGGAUAUAUUGUCCAUCGCUAAUAAGAUGAUAAUUAAAAAAAUAAUUUUAUAUAUAUUUACUGUGUAACAGUCAAGCAAAAAAAAACAGUGCACAUGAGGAUAAAAAGAUGAAUAAAAAAAUUACACAUUGGUGGUCAGCAAAAUAACACAUGGAAAUGUAGCACACCUGUCAGAACGGAUCCUCAGGGAAAAAAUCUAAACUCACUAUGGAUUUGUAUCUUGAUGAUAUAGAGCAGAAGAGAACAGAACAGUGGUCUGCGUGUCCGCUUGCUGAGAUGUUUAACAGAUGUCUAACAUGUCUUGGCUAAUCAACUGAAUUUGGGGUCAAUAAUGUUUAUUGAAUUUUUCACCAAAUUGCUAUUUUAAAUGUGGAGAUGAAAAUGAAAAAAGAUAAAAACUGAAAAAUUAUGCUUACUUGAGUAAAGUUAAUCAACAUAAUAAAAAAAUCAACAUUUUAAAGUUUUUUGACAUGACAGCAGCAAUGUAUACAUAUAUACACACUGUGUACAAAACACUAGUGAUGCCAUCAUACCAUGUAAUACUAAUGAUAUGCUGUGAUGUUUCAGUGAUUAUGGGAUGUUCUGGGGUGAUUCUUUGUUGUGCUGUAGUCCAGAUUCUUUGGUUUGAAAGAAUGGAGUUUUAGGGCAUUUUUAUGAUAAACAUGUAUCUUUUUUGUUAACCUCUAUGAAUAACAUGUUAUUGAUACUGCUAUUAUCAGGAUGAAGCUAUACGAUCACUCACCGUCGUUUGUGCAGCGGAUGAGGAGUAGGCAUGUCUACCAGCAUGGAGGCAGACUGCAUGCCAGACUGAAAACAAAAAUACUGAAAAAUAACAAAAACAGAGCCAGUAGGCUUUAUUCAUUCUUCGAAAGUUUCAAAACUCUGACAUAUUUUUUUCAUAUUAUUUGAAACAAGUAUUUUUUUUAACAAACUGUUGAGAAAAAUCAUUCAGUAAAAUACUGAAUACAAAUAAUUAAGUUAUUAAUAAAAGUAUUUUUGCACAUCAGAUACAAGAGAGAGUCUUGUUCUUCACCGGGUGGAUUUCAAAGUUUUAUUGUUUGUUUUUAAAGCUCUUCAUGGUUUGGCUCCGAGUUACAUUUCUGACCUCCUUCUCCUUCGCUCGACCCCUCGUGUUUUACGCUCCUCCAACCAGUUGUGUCUAGAUGUUCCUCGGUCUCGGCUGAAAUUCAAAGGUGACCGGGCGUUUUCUAUAGCCGCUCCAAGACUUUGGAAUAAUCUUCCACUUUUUAUAAAAGAAUCGGCCACAGUGGAUAUUUUUAAGUCUAAUUUGAAAACCUAUUUGUUCUCUCAGGCAUUUGGAUCCUGAGCGGAGUUUGAUGAUGUUAGUUGUUGUUCUGUCUUGGUCUAUCUUGGUUUUAAAUUAGGUUGUGUUAUUUGAUCUUAUUGUACAGCACUUUGGUCGGCACUUUGUGUCUUUUAAAUGUGCUUUAUAAAUAAAGCUGACUUGACUUGACUUGACUUCUUUAUUUAGCCAAAGUAACAAAUAUGCAGCAGUUUUGAGUUUUUUUAAUUGUUUUAUUGGAAGUUGCUGCCAAAGUCUUUGCAACACAGCUGCUCAGUUAUCUAAGUUAAUACAGAAAGAACUGCCUCUUAGGCUGGAAAUACAUUUGCUGUUUGUCCAAGUUUUUGAGUCAACAACCAGCUGCAUUGUGAAUAUAAUAGUUCACAUACUUGCCUGUGUGCUACACUACGUACUGGAAGUGUUCACUAGAGGGCAGAUCCCCAGCUAACAGAAAAAAGUUAUAAGAACAUUUAGCAGCAUUUUGAAAAGGUUCUGGAAAAUAAUGAAAUAAUGGAAUGAUCUAAAAACAUUACAAAUGUUCAAUAAAAUUGUUAUAUACUCAUCUAGAAAGAUGAACAAUUAUCUUUUUAAGAAAGUUAAUUGUAACAUUCAGAAAACAUCAUACUAACCAAAAAUUGUUAUUGUUAAAAUUGUUAAAAUCUGAUGACUGUUGGAAAAAGACCCAUCAUCUUCCCACUCCUGUUCUCAAGCAUUCCCCUCAGAUUUCAUUCCAUCUUAAAUUACACAUUUCCUUAAUGACUUUUAAAACCAUGCUGAUUUUUCACCAUCUGCUCUAACACACGUAUUCGUCACUGUGAGGGCAGUGGCAAGAAUGCACCAUACUGCUGCUCCUCAAAAACAUGUUGUGCACUGCCUCUAGCGGUUUUGUGUGCACAAUCAACAAUCCAAACAGACACAAAAUACACGAGGCAGCCCUAAUGUUUAUGUGAAUGCGUAGUUAACAGCAAUUAUAUCUUUGUGUUUGAGUGGGUAGAAACAAAAUUACAAAAGUCAAAAGACAGUUUCAAAAAUAUAUUCUUAUUAUAUUAAAUAUAUAAAAUCACUGAUAAAAUCUGACAAAAACCUCCUAAAUAGUUUGGCUCAAUAAUGCACAAUAAACAUUAUAUUUAUCUUGUUCUGGCUACUGUGCUUGCGCAGAUCUCCACAUCCUCAUUAGCAUGCUGACACUCCGCUAUUCUCUGCACAACCAGCAAACUCCUAUUCAUAUUUCAGUCAGGGGUUGGUCUCUCAUGAAUAGUCUCUGGUAGAGCUCAACUUGAACACGUCACUGAAUUUACUUAAAGUGAAUCGCUCAUUGUCACGACAUUGAACUUCUAUUAUAAAGUUUAAACUUCCUGAAUUUAGUAGCCCUGAUUACUUCCAGGCCUUAGUUUGAGCUACAGUCAGCUAACAAGAAAUCAACACAUAAAAACUGACAUACUAACAUUCAGCACUUAUUGUACUUGGUACGGCAUCGUUAGUGUUUUGUAUGCUCUGUAUACUCUGAACUGCCAAAUUAUUUCACCCCAUACAUUCAUGGCAUCUGAUAAAAUGCCAAAUGAGUGUAGGUACCUAAUAAACUGGCAGGUCAGUGUGUAAAGAAAUGAAUUGAAUAUGUUGUAAUACCUAGCAUGCAGUGUAUUUCUUUAUGUUUACAGAAUUCUGACGAUGAUAACUCUGAUUCUGAUAUUUAUGACAAUGACCAACAACGUCUAAUAAAAAAGCAACAUAUUAAAUAU